AGAAGCCAGAAGCUAGAAAUCCAGAAGCCUCUCCAAAUGGAAUCGAAUGCAAUGCAAUUACCAGCCUCCUCCUCCCAUUAACCAAAACGACAAUCAAAAAAAGAAAAAAAAAGAUGUUCUUCUUUUUUGCAGGAGGAGUAGAGCAGCAAGUGAGCAGGGUGCUGAAAUCAGGUGUAGGCAGAUGCAUCAACUGUGGUUCAAUGGCUGAUCUUGUGGAAUACGAUAAAGUUGUAAAGCUAUUCUUUGUUCCAGUCUACAGAUGGCCUGCCAAAGAACCUUCCAUGUACUGUAAUAAUUGUAAUCUUAUGUUCCCUCAAUCUUUUCCUCCAACAUCUCCCUCAGCUGCUGUUUCCGAGAGCUUAAGGUGCUAUUCCUGUGACAGGCUCCUACAUCCCGACUUCAAAUUCUGCCCUUUUUGUGGAGCUUCUCUUUAAUUUUUCCUGGCCAUCAUAUAUAUCGCUUCUUGAUUACCAGUUCAAUCAGUUGAUCUUUUUUUUUUACAUUUUCUGGUGUAUAUAUACUCUGUGAUUUGUUUUGUUUUGACAGUGAUCUUAUUGUAUCUGGUUACGUUGAGCAAUUCAACAUGUUUGUAGUUUUCUUUUUCAAUUAAAAAAUUUAAGUUUGAACAGUAUUGAUAUCUUGCACAAUCUCCUUGAAGCAGACAGAAAAAAUGAUGACGAGUGGCAAAGAAACAAGUUGAAAAUUUGCAAUUUCAUUAGAUAUGAUGUUUAAUAUACAACAGAGUUCAAUCUUUUCAAACACUCUUGGCUUCUUCGGUUUUGAAACAGAUCAAAAAAAAAAAAAAGUAAACAAAAAGAA